CCCCGCCUCCCCCGUAUACAAUCCCGCUCUCCCAUCAUCCCGUCCAGCCCUCCUCAUCCAGCCCGUCUUCUCCAUGCUCUCGGUACUCAUGAACGAGAGGAAAUGCUCGAACCGCUCUUCCACCUCCCUAUCCUCCUCCCUAUCCUCCUCCACCGCUUUACAAACUCCCAGACCGGCCGCAAGCGCAAGCGCAUUCCCCGCAACCCCGUGGCACAAACACGGCUCCUUCGUCAAGAUCCCGCGCUCCCAAACAACCCCCGCCGCACGCGCGACCGCGUCGCGGAUCCGCGGCGCCAGAGCCGGGUAAUACGGCAAGAGGGACGUGAGAGAGAGCACGAACGCGGGCGCGCCGUGGCAGAACUGCACCAGGCGGUCGGACGCCGAGUCGGCGGAUGACGGGAAAUUGCCGCUGGGCUGCUGCGCGGCGAGCAGGGAGGCCAAGACGGGUUCGAGCUUCGGGGCGGCGGCUGGCUGGGCGAGCACCACCUGGCAGAUGAUCCCGAUGGCCCCGUGCGCCGCGCCCAGGUACGCUUUCCCGUGCCAGGUCCAGGGCUGCGGGGACGAGAGGAUGCGGGCGACGGUGUGGGUGAUGCUGGUGUUGAGUAAGUUGCGUAGGGCACUGCUACCACCACCACCACCACCACUUUCUUCUUCUUCUUCCUCCCCCAAAAACGAACUCCUGCAAGGCCGGAGAAAAUACAAAUACCCCGCC